UGCACCUUUAAUUUGUAUCCGUGUUUAAGCCACUCACAAUAUUUCUCUCUAUCAAACCGCAUUGUUAUGACUUUAAAUAAAUAUUAGCAAUGUUUUCCGUAUAACGAGCCAGAUAAAUCAUCUAAAGAGUCCAAAUGCUGAAGAGAAGGCAGAGAAGAAUUUUGCGUUAUGUGGAGGAGGGGAGUCUGUUGAAGCUGAAGUCAUACCUUCGUAAACACGAGGAUCUGGAACUGAACUUCUCUCAGGGCAGAAAGCACAGAAGUCCUCUACACAUCGCAUGUUCUCACGGUGAUGAUGCCGUUGUCAGACUGCUGCUGAAACACGGAGCAGAUCCUCUACAAACAGACGUAAAUGGAGAGAUACCAUUACACCUUGCCGCGAAGAAAGCUCUCAAACACGGCAAAAGAGCUUAUGAUGAUCUGGUGGUGCCAUUACGAAAACACUGUCCGGAAGCACUGGAGGUUUCUAAUAAAGCAGGAGUGACUCCUCGAGAUCUGCUACAAUGGAUGAAAUCUGACAACGGGGGCUUUGAAAAUGGAUCUCAAUGUAAUGCCGAUCCUGAGCAACAGUGGAGAGAGAAAUUAUUGGGUGAAUGCCAGGAUGAGUUCUUUGAGACUUUUGGACAGUAUGACGAUGAAUUCUUAAGGGAUGAAAAAGACGAGGAAGACUUUGGGGACUGGGCCGAUCGGAUCAGACGGGAGUAUGUUUCUAAGCAACGUGCCAGAGAACAAAGAGUAGCAGCUUCCUCGGGACACAAGAAAUCCAAGGGCAGUAAGGUGACGGAAGAGGACGAAAAGAGUCGAAGGGAGCUGUUGAAGAGACUGGAGCGAGAACAUGCUGAGUAUCUGCAGCGUGCAGCCCGAAAGGAGGAGGAGACGAGGCAGGGGAGGAAGAAGCACUACGAAGAGCGCUGUGCUGCUACAUUUCAGAGCUCCUCAAAGAUGGCACCUCAAGGAUUUCUGGGAUACAAUGACAUCCCAUGGCCGGCCCCCCGCGGCUCACUUGAUGAAAUGGUGGCCGUUGUGCUGCACGGGGUGGACCAAUCCGAUGUGCCUGUCUUCCGGAAGUUACUCCGUCGCCAGCAAGCCGUCUGGCAUCCAGACAAGUUCGCUCAGCGCUGUGGAGGACGUCUUCUGGAGUCUGACAGACAGAGAAUUCUAGACACGGUUACGGCUCUCUCACAAGAGCUCAACAGACUUGCACAAAACCUUAGAUGAAACAGUCAUCACUGAUCUGAGCAAUUCAAAUAAUCUUUGUUCUUAUGCUGUUUUGUGAUUUAAAGUAUUCGUGAAAGACUUGAAGCUUGUCUUGAUGAACUUCAAUGAAAAAAAUGUAAAUGAAUAUAAAGAAAUCCUGUCUUUGAGGUGCAGGUCUAUAUACUAGUACUGCUGCAAUAUUUAGGCAUUUUUUGCAUAAUGCUUAUCACGUCCAGCUCUACAGGGGGCCUGAGGAAUGCCUGACCCACACAUGAGCUGUGGCAAGGAGAAGCAUUUUCCUGUUGUAAAAAUCAGAGCAAUUAAGUAAAACAUAAGAAAGUAGUCAAAAGUAAUUCUCGUUUAAAUACAGUGCAGGUGUUUACUAUAAAGUAAAGGACUGUGGGUUCAAUAGUUUCAAAUCAAGACACGAUUUCUUUGUGUUUACUAUUACUUCUUGUACUCUUCACAUGUAUUAUUUAUUAACUUAGAACUUUAAACGGCAUUUUGCCUUGUAUAUCUUUACAUUUAAGAGACUUAAACAAAGGACAAGCAGAUGGUCUUCCUGCCGCUGGUCUGAAAGAAUACGCCACGGAAUAUAUUAAAAGGAUGCUGUGGUUGCCAGAUAAUAAAAUCCAUCUCAUCUU